AGAAGACAGUCAGAAGUUCGUACGUUUGACAUCUUUGUACUACCUGAAUGAGCGGUAAUGCGGGCUGAGCUAGCAAGAUCUCAAGUACAGACUCUCGGAGUAGCCGGAGAUUGAAAUCGAGCGAACCGGUUUGGGUGUUUCGGUAACUCUUCCGCUUAGUUGACAUCCACAAGCGGAGAGCGACAGUGAGUUUUUACCUUCUCAGCAAAAAUACAUUACUACAGUUGCUGUUCGUUAACGUAAAUACAACCCAGACGGCCACUGAACAGUAAUAUAUUAUAAGAAUGAUCGAGAAUUGAAAGCCACUGUGGACUGAGCAGAACCCAGACUUUCAUCCCACAACACACACAUGUGUAUCAUCUUCUUCAAGUUUGACCCUCGACCUGCAUCCAAAAAUGCCUACAGGCUAAUUUUGGCUGCAAACAGAGAUGAGUUAUACAACAGGCCGUCAAAAGCUGCAGACUUCUGGGCAAACAACAGUGAGAUCCUCAGUGGGCUGGACCUGGAAUAUGGUAAGGAAGGAGGGUCAUGGCUGGGCAUCAGCAAGAGGGGCAAACUGGCUGCAAUUACCAAUUACCUGGAAGGACGGGUUAACCCUGAAGCACAAGGACGGGGAUUCCUGGUUACUAAUUACCUGAUGGACAAGGAGCAGGACAGCUACUCAUAUUUGAGGAAGCUAUCGACAGAAGGCCAUCUGUACAACGGCUUCAACCUCAUAACAGCGGAGUUCAAAACCAAAGAAGAUAUUGUGUGUUACUAUGGAAACAGAGGCAGCCCUGAGCCCAUCCAGCUAAAGCCAGCAGGAAUCUACGGCUUGAGUAACUCUCUACUCGACACACCAUGGAGGAAACUUGAGCACGGCAAGCAUCUGUUCACCAGUGUUGUCAACAACCAGCUGCUGUCUUCUGAUGGCCUUGUGCAAGAGCUACUUGGUGUGCUCAACAACCGGGAGCUAAACACUCCUGAUCCAGCACAGGAGAGCCAGGGAAAGGGACACAGCAAGCCUCUACUCGAGGCCCUGUCAGCUGUGUGUGUUUGUAGUCCUCAUUAUGGCACAAGGACCAAUACCGUUAUCCUGAUAGACGCAGCAGGGAACGUGACCUUCACUGAACGCACUAUGCUCAACUGUGACACCAGCCAGUGGAGCACCAGCUCUUUCCAAUUCAAGCUGCAGGAGUGAAGAACAUCCUCCGGGAGCUUUAUGAAGGAAAUCCACUCUGUGCCUUCCGUACCCUCUUUUAGUCCCACCACACCUUAUCCUGUCAAGAGCACACUGAGACGUGUUUGUCAUUCAAACGGCCAGACAGUGAAAUAAUUGCACUUUCUAGGAAAAGAGAUUAAUUUUUCCCCAGUAGAAAAUGAACUUGCUGCUUGGUGUGGAUGUGUGUCAUAUGUUCAUAUAUGAUCUGGCUUGAUCAAAUAAUUUCUCAUUAGUUAUUUUAGUUUAAUCAUUAUCAAAAUUAUACUACAGUGUUUAUUGUUGCUUUGGGGAUGGCAUUUGUAUUGGUAUUAUGUGCUGAUUAAAAAAAGAUUGUCAAAGAACAACAUGAUUCAUCGAAAGAACAUAAUGCACCUGUAAACAUUUGGGAUCUUACUGUCAAAAUUUAAUCUAUUAUAGAUGACUGUUUACUGAUAAGAGUUUGAAGAUGGUAAUGUCAUCUAUGUUAUUACUUUGGCUCAAUACUUAAUACUAGUAUUGGAAUACUUGUAACGCUACAGUCUACAGGCGUUAGUGCCAGCCUCUUUUCAAACUAUUAUUUCAACAUGUUUGGGAGUAUUUCAUCUAUAAUCUCACAUUGAAUCCCUUUAUUAGCACAUUUUGAAGUAAUUCAGUGACCGAUAACACACAAAAAAAACCUUGCAAUCUGCUUGCUGCAUUUACAGUAGCUGUUGUGGAUUAGAAAGACCAACAUUAAAAAACAGUUUACUGUAACACUUCUACAUGUAAUCAGUUGCUGUCUCCAACCCUGCACAAUAGUUAUCACAGCACUAGUUUGCUGACAAAGACACAUCAUAGUGUUAAAGUUUUUUCUUACUCUUUGGCACUGACCUCUUCCAAGUAGGGGUGAAUUCAUUUUAUAACUGAUUGCCAGUAGAAACAUCUCAUCAUUGCACUGAGAUUUUGUUCAUGGCAGCUAGUGUUUGCAUCCAGUGUCUACACAAAGGCAGGCAUUGGGGGUAUAAAAUGUCAAUAAUCACAGAUAACCUAUGGAGUUAAUGCACCUCUCACAUAUUUUCUGCAUCAAAAAGGCACUCUUACCUUAAUUCAAACUUGUUGCAAAGGUACUCACUAGUGAUGCACAUGAAAAGUAUGGAAAAAUAAUAAUAGAAAGCUUUGGAACAGUAUGCAAUCUAGUACAUCGACUAUCUCACGCCGCAGAGAACAAUGCGGGACUAUCCUUAAAUCAUUUUAAGGAGCUGACUUUGUGAUCCGUUAGCUAAGCUACGCUCAACUGCAGAGGGGAUAUAUAUUUUUAUCUAUCUAUUUAUUAAUUUAUUUUAUUUAUUUGUUUGUUUGUUUUCUUGUGGUUGAGGAUGCCCUCAACCCAACCCAUGAUUUCCUGGACUUAAUGUCACUGACCUCAGGUAUUGCUGACAAACCCUGUUUUUUUGACUUUAUGAUUUAUGAAUAAA